AUAAGUAUAUAAGACAUCAUUAAGAAACAGCUAAGGAAUGCAAGUGUAUACAAUUUUGAUUUCCAUAUUCAUGACUAUUAAAUAUGUUUAACCUACUGCCAUUAAAAUACAAUUUGAACGCAAAAGAGCAUAUGUAUAUGUAUAUGUAUUACUAAGCCUUAACCUUCGUAGGUCAUUUGCACCGUCGUGGCGGUGUUGCUCCACUACGAGUAUCUCGUUGCCUUCUUCGUGAUGUUGGCGGAGGGAGGAGUUAUCGCUUUGAUGGUGCUGAGGCCACUCGGCAAGAAAGACGUUGUCCCUAUAUUUCUAGCUGCUACGUACGGAAUGCCAUUCUUGAUUGUCGGAAUAUCCGUUGGUAUAACGCAAUCCAGAGGUUACGGCAAUGAACGCUUCUGCUGGUUGACGGUCCAGUCAGGUCUCUUUUGGGCAUUUGCUGGACCUGCCAUAGCGAUUGUCGCGACGAACACAAUGAUUAUGGUCCUCGUUUUGAAGAAACUAUUUGGAGUUUCCGCCAUGGCCAAGAAAUCUGAUGUGGAGAAAAUCAAGACGGGUGUUCGUAGCGUGUGUAUCCUGCUGCCCGUACUGGGUCUUACCUGGCUGAUUGGCAUCUUUUCCGUCAACAGGGACACGCUCGUCUUCCAGUACCUGUUCGCCAUCUCCAACAGCUUGCAGGGUUUCUUGAUAUUUCUAGUACAGUGUGUUUUGGACAGAAAGGUGCGCGAUGCGUUCCGACAGACUCGUAUCCCAUGGCUCACAAGCACGGCAGACAUGGAGUUAAAAUCCACGCAGAAAUCAGCUUUCAACAAAGCAAGCGCUUCCACGUCGUUUCGGGAUGCGUAAUUAGAGGUCGGACAGCAGGCGUGAUUCGGAAGAAGUGUAAUUUGUUAGCGGUAUUCUGGCGUCGAUGUGAUUUGUGGGCGCAAUUCGGACUUCGUUGUAAUUAUGGGAUUCAUAGAUGAUAUUUUUAUGAUUGCGAAGUGACAUAAAAAAAUCUACUUGCAAAUAGUAUACUGUUCAUUGAAACGUUUUACUAACGUGAACAGCUAUUCCAUUUAUGACAUUUUCAUGCAGGAGAAUAGAAGAGGAACUUCUUCACAAAUUUAGAAAUAAGUAGACAGCUUGUAGAUUGAUUUGUACAGAACUCGUGUUUCAAACUUUUUUAUCGUUCGUUUUAUAAGCGUUCAUAAUUAAUUGCUUAAUGUUGAUUUGCUUUGCAACUGACAUAGUUAUUUUGUAAACUGAUAUUUAAUACUAUAUUUGAGUGUUAAGGAUUUUAUUAAAACUGCGUUUUCUAUUUAA